CGCCAUCACUGCAUACAAGCUAACAUUAGCAAGAAAACACUGAGACUGGAGAGCGAGUGACAACAACACAGCAGACACGCAGACCGACCUAAUUCCCAAAGGGGAGGUCACAGAGUUUCCCUGCCGCUUUCCUGGCGUAGCAAGCAAAACUAGCAGCCGCCUUUCAUGUAGUCUUUAAGUUAACUUAGAAGCGAUAGUCGUUGUAACUAAUCAUGUCCAACCUCAAAGGCGGCACCAAGAAGGACACCAAGAUGAGGAUACGAGCCUUUCCUAUGACAAUGGAUGAGAAGUAUGUGAACAACAUCUGGGACCUUCUGAAGAAUGCCAUCCAGGAGAUUCAGAGGAAGAACAACAGCGGGCUCAGCUUUGAGGAGCUUUACAGGAACGCCUACACGAUGGUGCUCCACAAGCAUGGAGAGAAGCUCUACACAGGCCUGAGGGAGGUCGUCACAGAGCACCUCAUCAACAAAGUACGGGAAGAUGUCCUAAACUCUCUAAAUAAUAACUUUCUGCAAACACUGAAUCAGGCCUGGAAUGACCAUCAAACUGCCAUGGUUAUGAUCAGAGACAUCCUCAUGUACAUGGACCGAGUCUAUGUUCAGCAAAACAAUGUGGAGAAUGUGUACAACCUCGGCCUCAUCAUAUUCAGGGACCAGGUGGUGCGCUACGGCUGCAUUCGAGACCACCUACGGCAGACGUUACUGGACAUGAUUGCACGUGAGAGGAAGGGAGAAGUCGUGGACAGGGGGGCAAUCAGAAACGCUUGCCAGAUGCUGAUGAUUCUUGGCCUGGAUGGCAGAUCUGUUUAUGAGGAGGACUUCGAAGGCCCUUUCUUAGAUAUGUCAGCCGAAUUCUUCCAGAUGGAGAGCCAAAAGUUCCUAGCAGAAAACAGUGCCAGUGUCUACAUUAAGAAGGUAGAGGCCAGAAUCAAUGAGGAGAUCGAGCGAGUAAUGCACUGCCUGGACAAGUCGACAGAGGAGCCCAUUGUCAAGGUGGUGGAAAGGGAGCUCAUUUCUAAACACAUGAAGACUAUUGUAGAGAUGGAGAACUCUGGUCUUGUCCAUAUGCUCAAGAAUGGCAAGACAGAAGACCUGGCAUGCAUGUACAAGCUGUUCAGUCGGGUGCCAAAUGGCCUGAAAACUAUGUGUGAGUGUAUGAGCUCUUACCUGAGAGAGCAGGGCAAGGCUCUUGUGUCAGAAGAAGGAGAGGGCAAGAACCCUGUCGACUAUAUCCAGGGCCUGCUAGACCUCAAAACACGUUUUGAUCGUUUCCUCCUUGAGUCGUUCAACAAUGACAGAUUGUUCAAACAAACCAUAGCUGGAGACUUUGAGUAUUUUCUCAAUCUCAACUCCCGCUCACCAGAGUACCUAUCCCUCUUCAUAGAUGAUAAGCUCAAGAAGGGAGUCAAAGGGUUGACAGAACAGGAGGUGGAGUCAAUCCUUGACAAAGCGAUGGUGCUGUUCAGGUUCAUGCAGGAGAAGGAUGUGUUUGAAAGGUACUACAAGCAGCAUCUGGGCCGCAGGCUGCUCAGCAACAAGAGUGUCUCAGACGACUCAGAGAAGAACAUGAUCUCUAAGCUCAAGACAGAAUGUGGCUGUCAGUUCACUUCAAAACUGGAAGGGAUGUUUAGAGACAUGAGCAUCUCCAACACUACCAUGGAUGAGUUCAGGCAGCAUAUACAGUCUACGUCGGCAUCUCUAAGUGGAGUGGACCUCACAGUAAGAGUCCUCACUACUGGUUACUGGCCUACACAGUCAGCAACACCCAAAUGCACCAUCCCCCCUGCUCCCAGACACGCCUUUGAAGUCUUUAGGAGAUUUUACCUCGCCAAACACAGUGGUAGACAGCUCACAUUGCAGCACCACAUGGGUGGAGCAGACCUAAAUGCAACUUUCUAUGGAGCUGUUAAAAAGGUAUAUGUCACUUCUUUAAAUGACUUGUUCUCUUCAAAGCAGUAUGAAAAUGUAUGUGUUUAUCUUCCCUUCUACUUACUUUUGCAGGAAGAUGGGUCAGAAGUGGGUGUGGGAGGCGCCCAGGUGACGGGCUCUAACACCCGUAAGCACAUACUGCAGGUCUCCACCUUCCAGAUGACCAUUCUCAUGCUCUUCAACAACAGAGAAAAGUGCACUUUUGAGGAGAUCCAGCAGGAGACAGAUAUUCCUGAGCGGGAGCUGGUGCGAGCGUUGCAGUCUUUGGCCUGUGGGAAACCCACACAGAGAGUUCUCACCAAAGAGCCAAAGUCCAAGGAGAUAGAGAACGGCCAUGUGUUUACAGUCAAUGAUCAGUUUACUUCCAAACUGCACAGAGUCAAAAUACAGACAGUUGCUGCUAAACAAGGGGAAUCAGAUCCUGAAAGGAAAGAGACGCGGCAGAAAGUGGAUGAUGACAGGAAGCAUGAGAUUGAGGCAGCCAUUGUCCGAAUCAUGAAGUCGAGGAAGAAGAUGCAGCACAAUGUCCUGGUGGCAGAGGUGACUCAGCAGCUCCGGGCUCGUUUUCUUCCCAGUCCUGUGGUAAUCAAAAAGCGUAUAGAAGGACUAAUAGAAAGAGAAUACUUGGCGAGGACACCAGAAGAUCGUAAAGUGUACACCUAUGUUGCGUAAAGAGGCCUGUGGUGGAGAGGAGGAAGAGACUGGAUAGGGGGGGUGGGGGUGGGAUUUGUUUGUUUUCUUUGGACUGUUGUUUCGCAUGGACUGGAAGUUUCUUUAAAAGACAAAAUGCUGGGAACCUGAUUCGUCGUUCCUUACAAAAACACAGUAAACACACAUAAAUCUGGAAUAAAAUGUUGGCGCAGGAAAAAAAAAUUCCAUCAAAUCUCGUAGAUGAUUUUCAAAUCAGGCCCAGUCUUCCUAUUCCCUGUGAGUUUUAACAUGGAUGGAUCCAGCUUCAAGCUUUUCACUGUUUUACCCUUGUAGAGAUCAAACUUGCAAAGAAUCCCUUGGGAAAAAUGUGAAUGCACCACAUUAUUUUUUUUGUUUCAAUACUGUAUAAAAAUAAUAAAAUUAUUAAAAACAACAAAUGUGGAUUGUUACAAAACAAAAAUAAAAAUAAUGACUUGAU